AUGGGAGAGGAAGAAGAAGAUCAGCAGACCAAUUUGGACACUGAAGCCGCAGAAAUCACAGAACAACCAGCCGAUCAAGCCUACUCUUGGCCGGUGAUUCGAUUCGAUGUUCAGCCAUAUAGAACUUACCACUUCUAUCAACAGUUCAGAACCCCCUCGAACCCUAAUAAUUUCCAUAAAGGCGUCAAAUGGUCGCCGGACGGUUCUUGCUUCCUCACGUGCUCUGACGAUAAUACCUUUCGUAUAUUCCCAUUACCGGAUAAUGAAAGUGGUGGUUAUGCGAAUUCUUGUUCUGCUGAUGCAGAUUCUUAUACUGCAGAUCUUGUUGUGACCGAGGGAGAGUCAGUAUAUGACUACUGCUGGUACCCUUAUAUGUCUGCUUUAGACACAUGUACCUGUGUUUUUGCAAGUACAACUCGUGAUCAUCCUAUUCAUCUCUGGGAUGCUACUUCUGGUCAGCUGCGUUGCACAUAUCGGGCAUAUGAUGCCAUGGAUGAAAUCACUGCUGCCUUUUCAGUUGCUUUCAACCCCACCGGAGCGAAGAUAUAUGCUGGAUAUAACAAAUCUAUCAGAGUAUUUGAUGUUCAUCGGCCUGGUCGAGAUUUUGGACAACAUUCAACUCUUCAAGGAAAUAAAGAAGGGCAAGCAGGUAUUAUCUCCUCAAUUGCUUUUAGUCCAAGUCAUACCGGGAUGCUUGCUACGGGGUCCUACAGCCAAACUACUGCGAUAUACAGGGAAGAUAAUAUGGAACUCUUGUACGUUUUGCAUGGACAAGAAGGUGGGGUGACACAUGUUCAAUUCUCAAAAGAUGGCAAUUAUCUAUAUACUGGGGGCCGAAAGGACCCUUACAUACUUUGCUGGGAUAUUCGCAAAACUGUUGACAUUGUAUUCAAACUAUACAGAUCAUCAGAAACUACGAAUCAACGGAUACAAUUUGAUAUUGAGCCCCUGGGUCAAAAACUUGGUACUGGUGGUCAGGAUGGUUUGGUUCAUAUUUAUGAGCUUCAAACAGGGCAGUGGGUGUCAUGCUUUCAAGCUGCAUUAGAUGUAUUCCAUACAGAUACUGUUAGUGGUUUCUCUUUCCAUCCGUUUCUGCCGAUGGCAGCAUCUUCGUCCGGGCACCGAAGAUUUGGAAUUCUUGAUGAUUCGGACAGGGAUUUCAGCUUAACUGGUGAUGAAAAUUGUGCUGCUGUCUGGAGUUUCUCCUACGCGGGAUGGAAUUUGGAAGACCGAGGAGUACAGAGACGGGUGGAUUCUGAGAAAUGAGAAUACCGGUGAUUGGCCUAAGGGAGUGUUUGGGAUUGCAGUCAAAAUGUAGAUUAAUCGUUGUUUUUCGUAUGUUCUGUCCAGAUGUUUUGUCUUUUCCUCCCCGUCAGUCACUUGCACUCUCUUGUGUGGGUAAAUUAUAGU